AUGGCGACGAACCUUACUCCCCUCGAGGAGCUCUUCUAUCAGGAGUGUCUGAAGGCUGGCAACAAUGGUUUGACUUAUACAGACUUUAGCGGGAUCCACCCAGAUAGCCCCGUCAUGGACACAGCCAUCGCUAUGAACUCUUUGCUUGGCAGGGGUUUCAUUGAGGUCUUUCAAGUCAGAGGCGAGCAGGUGUACAAGGCAUUGAAAAAGGAAGAGAUCGGAAAGGCAGGAGCAUUGCAAGGCGAGGAGCAAGUCGUGUACAACACAAUCAGGGCAUCAGGAAACGAAGGAAUCUGGACAAAACACUUGAAGUCAAAGACGAAUCUUCACGAAGCAGUGAUCAAGAGAUGUCUUCGAGCACUGGAGCAGAAGGCGCUUGUGAAAGCAAUCAAGUCUGUGAAGCACCCUACAAGGAAGCUGUACAUGUUGAUGGAGUUGACGCCCUCUGUGGAAGUCACUGGAGGACCAUGGUUCACUGAUCAGGAGCUGGAUGUUGACUUUGUGGAGCAGUUGACCAACCAGUGCUACAAGUACAUCUUGAUGAAGUCAUUCCCAAGGGACGCGAGCUGCAUUUUCACAUCGACACACAGUGCGUACCCAUCUGCGGCGAUGGUGCGCAAGUACAUUAUGGAUAAGCGGAUCAGUCAAGUCGAUCUGAGCGUGGACGAUAUCACGAUGUUGCUGGAUGUGUUAGUGUACGACGGCAAAGUGGAGCGGUUUAUUGCCUUGGUGGACGAGGACUGGGAUGACGAAGAUAUGGACACGGACUCUGACUGGGUGUACAAGGCUGUGCGGGACAAGAAGGCCGAGUCUGCGUGGCAGGACUGCCCCUGCGGUGUGUGCCCUGUUGCUGACUUUUGCACUGAGGGAGGGCCUGUCAACCCUGCUGGCUGCAACUACUACAACAAGUGGCUCGACUUCUAG